AUGGAGCAAGAUGUUUUGGCAAAGCAAAGAGUAGCUGGAACCACUGGUGGAAUGCAACCAGGUGCUGUGGCAGUAGGUCGAGGGCAUAGAGAUGAUAAUGGUGGCAGCGCAGGUUUGAGUCAGGUGGAAAGGGAUAUUUUGGCCAAGCAACGUGGUGGUGGUGGACCUAUAACGGUUGGUUCCGCUCGGCCAGGUGCCGUAUCUGUUACAGGCGAGACUCCCCACAGCACUGGAAGUGGAGGCUUGAGUCAAAUGGAACAAGACAUAUUAUCAAAGCAACGUGGAGCCGGACCUAGGACCAUUGGUGCUACCCAGCCAGGUGUUGUUUCUGUUGCAGCUCCAAACACCACUCUUAGCCAAGUCGAACAGGAUGUGAUGGCGAAGCAUCGAGGAUCAAGGCUUCCCAGUGCUAUUCGUCCAGGUGCUGUUGCUGUUGCGAGUGCCGGUGGCCUGAGUCAGGUUGAGCAAGACAUUCUAGCCAAGCAGAGAGGCCCACCAGGAAACGGAACAAGACCUGGGGCUGUAUCUGUUCAAGAUGCUGGUAGAGGCUUGAGCCAAAUGGAGCAGGACAUUCUAUCCAAACAAGGAGCUGCCCCCUUGAAUGCAAGAAAUGCACCUGUUGCUGGUGCACAUCUUAGUCAAACAGAACAGGACAUCUUGGCAAAACAAAGAGGUCGUGGUCAAGCAGGGAUGGCUUCAAGCCUACCUGGUGCUGUAUCUCCUGGAUCAUCUGGAGCUUUUGCGAGCUCGAGUGGUGGUGGGCAGUUAAGUCAAAUUGAGCAAGAUGUGCUGUCCAAGCAGAGGGGUGCCUCAACUUCCGAUGGCAGGCCUGGUGCUAUCAUGGUUUCUGGCGGAGGCACUUUGAGCCAGAUGGAACAAGAUAUCUUGUCCAAGCGCAGACAAUUUCCUGAGGGAGGAACCCCAGGUCCUGGUGCAAUUGCAGUUUCAUCAGUUGACACAGCAGGAGAACAGUUGAAUCGACUUGAGCAAGACUUGCUGGCAAAGCAGAGAGGAGCCCCAUUGUUUGUUGAUCAAACCAGCAAUAAUUUAAGUCAAACAGAGCAAGAUGUCCUGGCCAAACAAGGUGGAAAUGUUGGCACAUCAAGGCCUGGUGCUAUGUCAAUUCCUGCCAGCGGCCAGUUGAGUCAAAUCGAGCGGGACAUCCUGGUAAAACAGCAAGGGAACAAGUUACGUCCAAGUGACUCUGGACAGGCUGGAUCCAGCCUCAGCCAAACUGAACAGGACAUUCUGUCAAAGCAAAGAGCUUCCACUGGGUCACAUAUGUCGCGGCCAGGAGUUGUUGCUGCUGAAGGUGGCUUGAGCCGAAUGGAGCAGGACAUUCUUGCCAAACAAGGCGCUGGAAGUUCAAGUGGGCUUCCUGGAGCUGUUGCAGUGAUGUCUGGAGGUGGUGAACUGAGCCAAAUGGAGCAGGAUAUCCUUGCAAAGCAGAGCGCAGGUACUUCAUCUGGACUGGGCCAGAUGGAGCAAGAUAUUAUAUCAAAGCAACAAGCCAGCAGUGGGAGCCGUGGUGGGGUUGCUGCUUCUGGUGCUCAACUCAGUCAAAUGGAACAAGACAUCCUGGCGAAGCAAUCAUCACAGGGACCAGUUGGUUCGACCGUGGUUGGCGCUGUUUCAACCUCCGGUAAUCAACUUAGUCAAAUGGAACAAGAUAUACUAGCCAAACAAGGCGCUCGUGGCAACCCCUCCGCAGCAACGGGUUCCGCUGAAGCCCAGUUGAGCCACUUUGAACAAGAUCUUCUGUCAAAACAAGGGCUACAGGGAGCGCCAGCUUCGGUCCCAGGAGCAGUAGCGACAUCAGGGGCCCAAUUGGGCCAGAUGGAACAGGAUAUUUUGGCGAAACAAGGAGCAUAUAGUCAAGACACCGGGGCUGCAGGGCUUAGUCAAAUGGAAAGAGAUAUUCUAACAAAGCAGGCAUCCCGCCCAGGGCAUGUCCCGGCUGUUGCAACCGGUUCAAUGUUGUCUCAGUCCGAAGUAAACCUUGCUGCAAAUGGAAGGCAGCUUGUACCAGGCGAAGCAACAGCAACCGCCGGGUCGGCUGCACUAAGGAGUAUGGAAGCGGAUCUCGUCAGCAAGUCUCGGGCUCUUCCGCAUGUUCCUUCCUCCAGUCCUGGUGCUGUCAACAGUCGACAUCCCGAAAGCGGGUUGAGCGACUUGGAACAAGAGAUCCGAGCCAAGAGCGACCUUGCGCACACAAAUGACUACCCUCCAGUUGCUUCGUUACCCGGAAGAGGAAGCGGCGAAAACGUCAACGGCCUUCAUGCUCUGGAAGCGGAUAUUCGACAAAAGAACGGAAUGCGUCCACCGUCACCCCGAAUGCCGCCUCAAAUGCCCCCUCACAUGGAUCACCACAGUGUCCAGGGUCCUCAAAGCUACGUCCAUUCUGAUUAUGGCCAUAACGAUUAUGGACAUUCUGACUACGGGCAUCCCGCUGACUAUGGGAGCAAUCCUGAGUAUGGGCAUGCUGCUGGCUUCGAGCAUCCUGCGGAUUAUGGGCAUGACGCUGACUAUGGACGACCUCUACAGUCGCAUCAACCCAUGUCACACCCGGACCUCACACCGCAAAACGAUUCGGGGCCGCCCCCAGACUCCGUGCCCGCUCCAAUGUCCGUGCCGUACGAUUUCUCCGACGAACCUGAAGUGGCUCCUGCUCCUCAAAACGACGCUCAAGAUGAAAUGCCAACCAUUGAAGUACCUGAUGGGGGAAUCGUAGCAUACGUGCCCGCGGCAGUCGUGGAAGCUGCCGGGGUUGCCGUUGUAAUGAGCUCAGAGGAGGAGGAAAGACUGGACAAGCAGAAGAGACAGAAGUACAUUUGUGGUGGGGCAAUCUGCGUCUGCUUGAUUGCGAUCGCUAUCAUUAUUCCAACAGUAAUCUCGGCCACGAGCGACAGCACACCCGACCCUGUCGAUCGGCCUCCCUCGAUGGCCCCGUCGCUUGCGCCAUCCUCAGCGCCAUCAGGCGCCCCCACGAGCAGCGCAUUUGCUGAGUUCUUGGAAGAUAUUCUGAAACCGUUGAAUGUAUCGUCUGAGGAAGUGUUUGACAACGUCAAUUCACCCCAGUACAAGGCGGCACUCUGGUUGAUCUUGGAAGAUAGCGAAGAUUACUGGUCACAAAAUGAUGUAAGCCCUGGAAAUUUGCAGGUCAUCCAGCGGUAUGCUCUUGCAACUCUUCACUAUGCGACUGACGGAGUGAAUUGGAGAUUUUGCGGAAAGGACCCGCUAAAUUGCCCCACCAUUGCAUGGCUCUCACCGGUUCAUGAAUGUACCUGGGCAUACGUUACGUGCAAUGACAACGGUUUUGUACAAAUGCUUAAUUUCGAAACGGAAACCAUCACGAACGAAUUAUACGGGUUUUUGCCCCGUGAAGUGUCUCUUCUGUCUGAUCUGAAGCGCCUUCUGGCUUCCCAGAAUGAGAUCGAAGGAAACCUUGAGGACCCUUUCCAUGGGCUCACUCUGCUCGAUACAGUUGUGCUCGACAAGAACAAGAUUCAAGGGACAAUACCCGCCGAUGUCUUGGCUCAGAAUCCCAACUUAGGUGUCCUGAACGUAGCUCUCAACCGAAUGACAGGAACUCUUCCAGUUGAACUAGCAGGCACCAAGCUCUCGCACCUCCAGCUACAUGAGAAUGAUUUUGUUGGGACCAUACCUGAAGAGAUUGGCAACAAUACCAAUUUUGAGAUUCUGGAUCUUCAGGGCAAUCGAUUAGAGGGGACACUGCCCUUGAGCUUCUACAACCUCACAUCCCUGAAGGUGUUUGCUGUCAACAACAACACAAAGCUUACAGGGACGAUCGACUCAAGUGUUGGUCAGCUCAAGGCUCUUUCCAAAUUUGAGGCUGGAGAGACGUCAUUGCAGGGAAGCAUCCCUGCUGAGUUGUAUCAGUUGACACGUCUCACAGACGUUGUAUUUAGCAACUGCAACAUGACAGGACCACUCCUAGAGGAUAUCCAACUGCUGAGCAGUACUUUGAAUGUCCUAAAUCUUGACACGAACACUUUCACUGGCCCUCUCCCACAGGCACUUGAUGUCUUGACGGCCUUAGAAUCCCUUCAUCUGGAGAACAAUCAAUUCACGGGAACAAUAUCAAACAAAGUUUGUGCUGAGCGAGGGAUUGGAUUUCAAAAGCUCUUUGAAUUGUUUGCUGAUUGCAACAUUGAGUGCACCUGUAAUGACAACCAGGAUUGCAUCAGCGGUAGGUGA